GUGCCGCCGCUUUUAGGGCCGCCCCGCGGCGGCUGCCGGAGCCGGCGGAGCAGCGCGGGCACGGGGCGGCGGCAGCAGCAGCGCCAUGUCCUGAGGGGAGGAAGAAGAGAAGGAGGAGGAGGAGUUGGCGGCGGCGGCGGCGGUCGGCGGCUUGGAGCCCCCACCACGGAGGGGUCGGUGGAGCAGCGGGCCAAGGGCCGGGCCCCCAUGAAGGAGAAGGAGGCCGGGGCGGAGCGGGGCAAGCCCGCCACCUACACCGGGGACAAGAAGGCGCGCAUGGCGGCCAAGACCAACAAGAAGUGGGUGCGCCUGGCCACCGUGCUGGCCUACGUGCUGUCCGUCUCGCUGGCCGCCAUCGUCCUCGCCGUCUACUACAGCCUCAUCUGGCAGCCGGUGCGCGGCGGCCCCGGCACGGUCGCCAACUCCUCCUCGCAGCCCCACGUUUCCCCAGCGCCCGGCUCCAGCUCCCCGCGGCCUCUCGCCACCACGCAGGAGGCAGCGGCUCGGAACGGCCUCGCCCAGGCGGGGGGAGGCCCGAAGGAGCCUCCUCCAUCCCCGGCUUCUUCAUCUUCUUCUUCUGCCUCCCCCUCGCCGCCUCCUUCCAAGGGCCCCCCGUUGCGGCCGGGGUCGCACGGAGGCGGCGCCCCCCCCUGAGGAGCCCCCGCGGUGAGGGCGCUGGAGGCUGACCGCUGGAGGACGGUGGCUGCGGGACAUCCUUAUUUAACCCUCCUCCUCCCCAAAAUUCGUCCUCCGAAGGGGGGUGUUGGUGGCUUCCUUCUGGGCUAGCUUCUCCCUCCGACCCCGCGUUGGACUCGCGAGCUGCUGGUGCCCGGCUGUCACCGGGAGGAUGUUGGUGGGGCCCCAAAGCUGAGGCUGUUGGCAGGACCGGCCGGGGACAGUGUGGAUGUAGAGGCUGUAACCCGUUGUUUAAGUACCGAGUUUUGUUUAGCCGAUGAGCAUAAACUUAUUUAAACAGAUGUGAAAGAGGUAAAUUGACUUGUUUACUACAUUAAAAUAUUUUCCCAAGAUGAAA